CUAAUAAUUAGUAUUAUUACUUGUUUAAAAUUAAACGCUUAGGGAGAUUAAUAUUAUAAAUUACCAUCAUCGUGGUUUUACAAGAUUUUAUAUGUGAUUUCUUAAGUAUAUUUAUUGUUAUUUCAGUGUGUGGCGAUAUCUUUAAGUGACCAAAAUGCUUAUUGAAAACCCAGAUGCUUUCAAAAGUUGGUUGACGUCCAUAUUGGAACCCCUGUGUGAUGCGGAUCCGGCAGCCCUGGCGAAGUAUGUGUAUGCCCUAGUGAAGAAAGACAAACCCUUGGAUGAGCUGCGGGAAGGAAUGUUGGAUCAGCUUGAUGUGUUCCUGCAACAAGAAACAAAGCCAUUUGUGGAGAUGCUCUUCAAAGCACUGGACGGUCACGAGUAUUUGGUGUCGGUUGAUAAAAAAGAACCCACACCUCCACCGGAACCUGUUGUUACAGAAAAAGAACCUGAACUUGAAAAUCAUGUUCCAGCAGUAACCAGCGAAGAGCAACAGGAAGCGUCCCGUACUGUGAGGAAUCGAAGCCCGAUCCUGGCGACAACGGAGCCUCCUCCACGGCACCGGGUCGUGGUACCUAGGCGAGCUCACCCGCCCCACGAGCAGACACUCGUUAAGGUUCUGCCAACGGAAUUGCUAGAAGAGCAGGUGGACCUUCCCAGGAGAAGAGAGAGGAGAGCGGAAGUGUUGCGGGACAAAGAAGAGCGCCGACGGCGGCGGUCUCGCUCGCGCUCGUGGGAGCGACGCACGCGGGCCCGCAGACACCCGCGGGACGAGCACGCCGACAGACGGUACGAGAAAAGACGCGGUCCGUCCCGGUCACCGUCACCCCGCGGCCGCUACAGAAACAGAAGCCCCCCUGCGCUCAUUGACAGACAGACUAGCAGGUCUAGAUCCAGGUCGCCAGCGGGCAUACGCGACAGGGAGCUCGAGAGGGAAAGGGAGAGGCUGCGAGUUCCGCGCGAGUUAGAGCGGGACAGAAUGUCACGCGACAGAGAGCACAGAGAUCGGAUAUCGCGCUCGCGGGACAGAGAGAGAUCGAGAGACAGAUCCCGUGACCGUUCGACAUCACCCAAAGCAGACACGAGGCUGGAGCUCAAGGAUAUGUACAAACGGAGGUGUAGAGAUUUUGACGUGAAAGGCUACUGCAUGCGAGGUGAUCUCUGCGAGUGGGACCACGGAGUAGACCCGGUCGUGUUGGAGGACGCGGCGCUCACUAGAGUCCUAACCCUCCCACCAACAGUACCCGAAUACAACCCGGCAACUCCAGACAUCUGGGUAGGCGGUGGUUUUAAUCCAUUUCCGGCGCCUCCCCCUCAUCUGGGACAUCCCCACCAUUUAACGCCCAGAGAACUUGUGCCUAUACCAAGAGUACGCGACGAUAUGCCGAUUGGAGCAGUUGUUCCCCCGCCACCGAGACACCCGCCGUCCAACAAGAAGCCCUUCGACUUUAAUAGACUUGGGGGCCCUCGCAGUCAGAGCAGUGUCCGGCCGGCGAUGCCCCCUCCUCCCAUGCACUUGGGGGGCAAGUGCUCGCUACAAGUGUCCAAGGUCCCGGUGGGGCUCAACGAUAUCACUCACCUUAACAAGCACUUCAGCAAGUUUGGCAAGAUCGUCAAUAUACAGGUGUGCUUCGAAAAUGACCCCGAAGCCGCGCUUAUAACGUUCUCGAACCCGGCAGAAGCGAACGUCGCGUACAAGAGCACUGAGGCCGUUCUCAACAAUAGAUUCAUCAAGGUGUUCUGGUACAACCCUGAGAAUAAACAUGAGAACGGCGCGAACAAUACGAACAACGUACAGACAGACCGGCACCCGAUGUCGUUGAAUAAGGUGUUCAUCAACAGAGACAACAUCAAGGCCAGCGAGGAGAAGCAGCAGCUGUUGCAGCAACAACAACAACAGCUGAAGGAGAAGGCAAAAGAGCUGAGGAACGGCGAGAACGAGACGGAGAACAAGGAGACGAAGCCAGCGGACAAGAGCAAGCAGGUGAUGGAGAUGCACCGCCGGGCGCAGGCGCUGCUGCAGACACAGCUGGCACAGCAGAAGCUGCUCAUUGGCAGGCUGGAGUCUGGCAACGUGACGGAACAACAGAAAGGUGCGCUCAUGGAAGCUAUCAACGCUGCGCAGGAGGGGAUCGAGAAGCUGAGGAAGGAAUUGGUGGCUUACAACGGAAUGAUCAAACAUUUACAGGAAGAAGCCGUCUCCAGAUCGCUAUCCCGACUGCAACUGAACCAGGCGAAUUCGAAGAAACCAAAAACGGCGGCUGAAGCGCAGAAGGAAAUAUUGGACGCGGAAUUGGACAUCAUAACCAAACAACAGGAAGGCCAAGAUGUGACCGAACUCGCCAAGAAGAUUGUGGACAUGCGCCGGCAGAUGGCAGUGCAGUUCCCGACGCACCUUGGUGCGAGGAGAAUACACUCCAGGGGCGGCCGCUUCAACCCCGCCAUGCGGUUCACCCGCAACACGGCGGCCGGGAAGCCGCCCAGCCUCAACCAGUCGGUGGACCACCGGCCGCGCACGCUGCUCGUGUCCGGCUUCGAGACGGACGAGCUGGAGCCGCUGUGUGGACACUUCGCGCGAUUCGGCGAAAUAGUUGGCAAGCAGGUGAACAUGUCCGUGCCCGAGUUGACGAUACAAUACAAGCUACGCUCGCAGGCGGAACUGGCUUUGCUGCGCGGGAGACACUACAGCGACCGGACCCUGUCGAUCACGUGGGUCAACAGUAACAAGCCGCUGGCGCCCGCCGAGCCCGUGUCUGCACCCACCACCGUGUCCGUCCACAACGGAGACGUCACACAGGACAGUGCGAACGAGACACAGACACAGAGCCAGCAGCAGACGGAUGAGCCGCUCCUCCGCUUCGACGAGGAAGAUGAAGACGACGCCGAUGAGGACCGCUCCUGGCGCCGCUGACGUCACCGGUAGUGACGCCGCUGACGUCACCGGUAGUGACGCCGCUGACGUCACCGGUAGUGGCGCCGCUGACGUCACCGGUAGUGGCGCCGCUGACGUCACCGGUAGUGACGCCGCUGACGUCUCCGGUAGUGGCGCCGCUGACGUCUCCGGUAGUGGCGCCGCUGACGUCUCCGGUAGUGGCGCCGCUGACGUCACCGGUAGUGGCGCCGCUGACGUCACCGGUAGUGACGCCGCUGACGUCUCCGGUAGUGGCGCCGCUGACGUCUCCGGUAGUGGCGCCGCUGACGUCUCCGGUAGUGGCGCCGCUGACGUCUCCGGUAGUGGCGCCGCUGACGUCACCGGUAGUGGCGCCGCUGACGUCACCGGUAGUGGCGCCGCUGACGUCACCGGUAGUGGCGCCAUUGACGUCACCGGUAGUGGCGUCGCGAGUAGCGGCCGGCCGAGCGAGCGGUCAAACUGAUUCGAUCGAGUUGUUAGACUUUAAUGUUUGUACAAAUGGUGGCCUUAUUCCGACGUAGCUAUCUCUUCCAGGCGACAUUUUGGUCGAGAAUCGUGUAUAUACAAUUUCGGCAAUAACAUAUAUACAUAUAAAUAUAUAUAUCUUUAAAAUUAUUAAUUACAUUUGAAUCAGUUUCAUUGUUGUUAUAUUCUUUUAUUAUUAAACCGCUGGAUAAUAUACUAAUUUUAAUGACAACACCUUACUAAAUGAGUCAGGAAUUUACGUAUUAACGUAUAAGGGAUUACGCAGUGUCCUAAAUAUUUAUGAAUUUGCGUGUUACUGGGUAAUAUGAAAGUUGUGACACUGUUGAAUUCUAUUCAUAUAUCUGAUAAAAAGUGGUUACUAAAAAGAGAUCUCUUAUAUGUAUAGAGUAACUGUUGUAAACGGAAAUAAUAAAAUAUUUGAUAGCAUAACACUUUAAGUGUGAAAGAGUGCGUUGUAUCGGCAAUACUUCUUUAAACGGCAUUUAGUUUUGUGUGUCGAUCAAUUAGGUAUCGUAACUAAAUGCGUUAUAAAUAUACCAUUAAAUAAUAGUCAGUUUUAUUCAUCGAUACAAAAUUUUAUAUACUUAACACGAUUGCCUUCUUAUGGACUUUUCAUAAGCUCAAAUUGACAUAAAAUUUAAGGUGUAUUCUAACUAUCUUUAUCUACACCCAUGCUUUAAUCCUCUAUUAAAGAUUCUGAAACAGUUAGCUUAUUGCCAGCAUUAAAACAUAACAACACUCCUAUUUUUUUUUUUCAAUCCCUUCAUGCUUAAAGAGUUUUAACAGAUAGCCACAUUCUUAUUGCUCGAUGCGUGGUAUCUGUAUGAAUUUCAAAAAAAGAACAUUUUAGUUUACGCGCGUUCCACACUACCAGAACGUCGCGUGCCGUAAAAAAAGUAGGUUAUUCGAAUCCCCGCAAUUUUUCUUCGAUAUUUUUAUUGUUUUGUUUACAAAAAAUGAGCGAUACAUUUUAAACGCAGCAAAAGAACAUAAUAUUCAAGUGAUUUUUAAUUAUUGCACUAUACAAAAUGUAAAUUACUACUAAAAUAAAUAAUUCUUUCAUUAAUACUUAGUUUAUUUGUAUAAAAUCAGUAAUGGAUGAUAUUAGGUUACUACUAGGACUGGCUGUUUUAAUGUUAGCAGUAAGCUAACUGUUUCAGAAUCUUUAAGAGGAUUCAUAUUCUGGGUGUAGAUAAAGUCUUGUAUGCAACUGUUGAUAGUUAGGUAUUAAAACACUCAUGUGAUACUAUAUAUAAUCCACUUUCGUGUUUUAAUACCCCUUAUUACACAACAGUUGCAUAAAUAACUAUUUCAACACACUUGGUCGUAAAGUGAGCCUUAUUAUUGUUUUAAGGGCAAUAAACAGAACUCUACCAUACACGUGCGUAAGAAUAUUACACACUAGUGCGUAAUAGAAUUAGCACCUAACUGCAAAUUAUAUGAGAGUAAACAAAGCAUUUUCAAUUUAACCGGGGUAAUACAGUUUUUUUUAUAACAACAAAGCCGUUUAAUGCCGCUGACAAUCCAUUUACAUUAUUGGAAUGAAUGAAUGUGUCUUAAUCAAGACGAAAAAACGAUUAUUAUUUUCAAAUUUUUUAAAUUUCACAAAAUUGACAAUGAAAUAUAUGCAUGUUAUCACAAAAAUUACAAUUUUGAAGGAUGUUGUAUGGUAUGUAUAUGUAAUCAAUCAACUUUCAUUUGGCGGUCAAAAAAAAGUUCAUAUUUUCACUAUCACUUCACACUAUACUAGAGUGAAAUUGAGCAAUUAACUUCAUGGUGUCGGAGAGUCGUGACGCUGUGCGUGUGCAUUUAUAAAAAUUCACUCGCAUGUUUUUUUUUAAAACAAGAUCCGUGGACGUAUUAUGUUGUUAUGAGUGGUAAUUUAAAGAUACUAUCAAAUGUGCCCUAGGCACGUCACUGAAUACUUACUCAAAAGUAAUGUCACGUAACACGUUUUACUCUGAAUUAAACAAAUUUAACUUGAAAACAAAAUUUAUGUACGAUGGGGGCUCCCCGCGACCUCUCGCGUUCCGUGCGAGGGCUCUUCCACUGAGACAACCGUUCAAGUGACGUCUCGUUCAUAAAUCUUGAUAUGUCGCGUUUAACUCUCAGGUUGUGGCUUCAUCUACAGAAUCUACUUUACUACUAACUAACUAAUCUACUUAGUUGAUAACCUGCUCAACCUCAAUAUUUGCAUGUUAGGAAAUUGACUUGAGAUGUCGCUCUUUCAAAUCUAAACAAUUGUUCUGUUUUUAAAAUGAUAACCCUCAAUAAUUCUGGGAUUAAUUACACAAAUUAAAUUUGAAAUACGAACCCCAGGGUCGCGGGUUAACAAAUUACUCUGAAUUGCGAAUUAAAAUUUGUCUUUCAUGUAAAGUUGUUCCUAAAUGCGAGAUGUGUUAAGUUUGUUCGUGAGUAUUGAUCUAGUCUUUAUCGAGAAAAAAAUUAAAAUUAAGAUGUCGUUAUGAAGUUAUAUAAUAGUAUAAAAUUAUUCAUUAUAAUUAUAAAAAAACCCAUCCAUUAUGAAGUAUGUAGCUGCAUUCCUGUAAAAACACAAACUUAAUAAAACAAUUUUAUCAAUUGUCUUAGAAUUUUUUUAGCGAAUUACUCGGGAAAAAAAUACUAAUAAAUAAAAAUAAAGAAGGUAAACAAAUCUGUUUGAUGUCAAAACAGACAGUUAUAAACUACUCCCGCUUCGGAAACAAAGCGGCGAUGAAAGACUAUUAUAGCUCUCUGAUUCACACUCGCACAAACUGAUAUCUUGUAUCGCACUGUGAGGGGUUACACGAGGAAUAACUGACUACAUUGUAACAUUAUUUAAGUCAUCUAGAUUGGGUUCAAAAUCGUAUAUCAUUACAUAUCAUACGUUAAGAUAAUGUGAAAACGUCGAAAAAAAUGAGUUUAGAAUUAACCUCUAGUAGCAUUCGAGUUACUCAAAUGCAACCUAUUUAAGUCAAAGAAAUAAAACUCAAAAUGGCCCUAUUCUGUCCUCUAGCAUCGUCAACACCGAUUUUGGUAAUUGGAAUAGAUAAUAUGGGUAUAAUAUAAGUUCCAAUGUACGUAAAGCAUUAUUAUGCGCAAUUUUAAUGAUUGCUAACAAACUUUAAAAGCAUGAUUUAAAAAUGAUAUUAUAAAAGUGUGACGAGCCGGUCGUCCCUCGCCUGUCGCGUGUCUCCCGCCAUUGGUAUCAUGUUCUAGUUAACAAACCUCAUUUUCAAUGCAAUUCUAUGGAAAAUGUUUGAACAUGAAUAGCUUCUGGUCCCGACCACCUAGAAAUAAAAA